AUGAAACAUAAUUAGCAUCUUGUAGUAUGGAUAAAUAAAUUAUCAUAUGGGAAAAAGAUCAAAAUAAUUACUAGAAAUUUAAAACUUAAAUUGAUAAAUCAAUUGAUGAUUAUGGUUUUAGAGUUACAUUUCUUUCUGAUGAUCUUCUAGCUUGGACAUAAUAUUCAUAAGGAUAUUUACAUAUUUUUAAAUAAUAAAAGUGGUAAUUUUUUAUAAAUACCUAAAAUGUAGAUUACUCUUAAAUCACAAAAUUCUUCAGAUAUAUAUGUUUUAUUUCCUUUAAUAUAAAAUAAACUAAAAAAGUUGUUGGUAGUUAGGCAUAAUAAAUAUGUUUCUCUUUUUGAAUUAGGAGAAAACAAUGAAUUAAAUUCUGUUGGAGAACAUAUUGACAGUUAAAGUAGUGAUAAUUAUGAAACUCUAUCUGAUGAUGGAAAAUAUUUAGUAAUCUGGAAUGAUUCCACUAAAUUUACAAUAUAUAAUAUCCAUGAAAGAAUAAAAUUUAUUUUAAAUUUUUUGUUAUCUGUUAAUUAAUAAAAAAAUUUAAAAAUUAAACAAGAAUAAUCACAUAUAAUAUAUAUAGAAUUGUCUUUUAAAUUAGUUUGGCUUGGUUAUUGA